AUGGAAGAUAAUCUUAGAGGAAACACACAGGGGAAGCCAGGAGGGUUUGUCAAGGAGGAGGAGCAUUCUAGGCUUGAGGGACAGUCACCUCCUGAUGUUGAUGAGGCCAAUGUCCUUAGGAUAGUCCUGGUUGGUAAAACUGGAAAUGGGAAAAGUGCAACAGGGAACACUCUCCUUGGAAAGGAACUUUUUGCAUCCGGUGCUUCAGCAAAUUCUGCGACCAAGAUCUGCCAGAAAGAAGUUGCAUCCUUUAAAGGGAAAGGCUUUCUUGUUGUUGAUACACCCGGGCUCUUUGACACAAAGAAAAGCUUAGAAACCACUUGCAAUGAGAUCAGUCGUUGUGUCAUCUAUUCCUGUCCAGGGCCACAUGCCAUCAUUCUGGUUCUGCAACUGGGUCGACAUACUAAGGAAGAAAAACAUUCUGUCUCUUUGAUUAAGGCGCUCUUUGGGAAGUUGGCCAUGAAACACAUGGUUGUCUUGUUCACGCGGAAAGAAGAUUUGAAUGAGAAAUUAGAUGAUUUUUUAAAAGAAUCUGAAGACCUUCAAAGUCUUAUCCAUGAGUGUGGUGAAAGAUACUGUGCCUUCAAUAACAAAGCAGAGGGCAGUGAAAGAGAAGCCCAAGUGAAAGAGCUUCUGGACCUGAUUGAGAAAAUGAUGCAGGAUAAUGAGGGAAAGCAUUUUUCAGAUAAAAUAUAUGAGAAAACUAAUGAGGCACUAAAAAGAAGAAGAAUGGCCUUAAAGGACAUCUAUACCCAAGAAAGAGAUAAUGAAAUACAAAUUAUAGAACAAGAAUAUGCUAAUGAAUCUUCUCUCACAAAAGAGCAAAAAAUGGAAAAGCAAGAACGCAUAAGAAAGGUUGAGGGGGACUAUGAAGAAAAAAUGAAAAAUAUAAAUGCAGAGGCUGAGAGGACUAUAUUUGAACAAAUUGUUCAAUUUGUUAAGGAUUUGGUUUCUAAAAUUUCUGGUUGGUUCAGGAAAUGAUGGUUUUCCUGGUUUGUUUAUUUUUUUAAAUUUAGUUUCCAUUAUUUCUUCAUAAAUAUUGAUAUCCUGGAUUUAGAGAACUGUGAACUUAUGAAAUAGAAUUGAGUCCUAAUUCCUAUCAUGUUACUCAAAGAUAAGGAAUUUUCAGGCAAGGAAAACUAUAUUUGGGUCCUGGUACAGAUCUUUCUCUUAUAUCAUACUUCCUUUUUUUUAUCAAUUACUGUACAAAACAAA